CUGGAGGAGAAGCAAGUACUUUUCAUCCUCUAAUUGAACAGCAAAGACUUCUCAGAGAUGGCAGUCCAAGCCUUCAGGAUAUUUUCUUGGCUGUUUUUGAUGUCAAUUAGCAUUAUAGUUUUAAUUUUACUAUGGGAGCAUUUAUUGAAAAGCGCCAGCUUGACUGGUUUCUCGGGAACACACAGAGGUGAAGACGAGUUGCUUGACAGCAACAGUACAAUAUGGGAUUUGAAAGGAAACUCCAUUCUGCCAAAUGGUGUGUCUAUCACCCCACAAGCAAAACCUGCCGCUUUCAUGAAAACAAAACCAGUGACAAAGCAAAAACUGGAUCAAGUGAAAACCUCUACACGUGGAGCUGUGGCUGAGACUCCCAUGCCUAUCCUCCUCAAAAACUCCUUCAAGAGGCGCCCUCAGUGGAGUUUUGAAGAUGUUUAUAACCAGGAUGCCCCACCUAGACAGACUACCUGUGCCCAGUCUCUACGAAACUCUGAAGAUAAGAGCUUCAAGAAGGCUUUCCUUCCCAACAUCCGCCUGUUUCUACACAAAGAAAGCAUCAACAUGAGCGAGUGGAACCGACUUUCACAUUUCAACAAUCCUUUUGGCUUCAUGGAGUACAAGUACAACGAAGUGAUGGCUGCACUGAAGUUGAUCCCAAAGCCAACAGAGCCUCUACUCCUUCCAAAGCCAGGUAGCGAUGGCUGUAUACGCUGUGCUGUGGUGGGAACUGCAGGGAUCCUCAAUGGCUCAAAAAUGGGGAAAGAGAUUGAUUCACACGAUUACAUUUUUCGGAUGAACGGUGCCGUCAUCAGGGGUUACGAGGAGGACGUAGGGAACAAAACAUCGGUGUACGUUCACACAGCCCACUCCAUCACUACAUCGCUGUAUUUGCUCAAGAAAUACGGAUACAAAUCUAUCCCUAAUGAUGAGGGUAUAAAAUAUGUGCUGAUUCCUGAGGGGAUGAGGGAUUACAAUUGGCUCCAGGGUCUUCUCAAAGGAGAAAGGAUCUCUGCUGGCCCCUACCACGACAAGAGGCCAAGGACAUACUAUGCUGGACAGUACAAUGAGAGUCGCUUCUACGUUCUGCACCAGGACUUCCUCAGAUAUGUGCGGAACAGGUUCUUAUUGUCUCCUAAUGUGAAUGCUUCGUUUUGGGCAAUUGUCAGACCAACCAAUGGGGCAUUCGCUCUCUUCCUGGCUCUGCACACCUGUGACAUAGUGAAUGCAUACGGCUUCAUGACUGAGGACUACAAGAAAUACUCCAACUACUAUGUGGAAAAACACGCUAAAACAAAUGUUAUUUUCUACAUCAACCAUGAUUACAUCCUGGAGAUGAAAACAUGGAAAAAACUACAUGACAGUAAAAUAAUUAGACUGUAUCAGCGAUUGGGCUCAGAAACAGGGACAGAAAAGCCGAAGCCACACUGAUGUUCUCAGACUGGAAUGUAGUUUUUUACUGAGAUGUUUUUCUUUAGUACAAUAUAGAUGUUCUAAUAUUUAUUCUGUACUCACUGAUUUAAAUGGGAUGGACAAAAUACUAAUAACACCUGCGCUCAGUACAAGGUAACAGCACCACAAACUAGAGAACCUCAGGGAAAGCAGUUCACCAAAAAAUUAAAUAUUAACCCAUAAAUAUGAAAAUUCUGUAGUAGAUCGUUUAUGACAAUCACUGUUGCACACAAAGCAGCAGGGUAGCAAACAUAGGCCACAGACUGAUAGAUGCCAGUUCCUGCUAACUAAUGUAGAUAACAUAAAACACAGUUAGUUCUUGCAGUGAGUGAGAUUUGAUCUGUGUGUUUACCUCCCUGCAUGCAUGCAGUAAGAGCACUGAAAUGCAGAAGUAAUGUCAGUAUUUAUGAAAUUCCUGCUUUGUCUGUUUGUUCUUGUAGCAGAAGCUAUCUGAUCCAGAAUAAUGUUUAGAUUAGCAUGUAAGAUAACUGCGUGCUGUUUUUAUGGCAUUCUGCCAUUUACCAUCAAUAGUGAUGUUGCUCGCCCACAGUCAGAUUCUUUUCAACAGCUCUUUGGUACAGUUGAAGCCUCACCCAUGAGAAACUCUGUUAAUACUAGAUUUAGUAUUUGCCUGCAUGGGAUCAUGAAAAAAUUCAGAUACAUUUGUAAAACUAUGGACUCUGCCCAUAUUUGCUUCUAUAAGCAUUGUUGCAUUGCACAUUCUGGGAAUGAUGCAAACAUUCAGAUAGCAUACACUGCACAUGUAUGUGUUGCAUUGUUUUUCCACGUACUGUCAGAUUUGUAUAUUUUAGAGUUUGAGUUGUGAUUUUAAAUGGACUGCACAUAAUACCUCCUGUUCAAUGUUUGUCAUUCAAAUAUUAUGAUGUGUAAUAUGUUUAAUUAGUCAUCAGGUUACCAGUAGUACUCAUGAAAGUAGCUAUGAAGUUGGUAGGGUGCAAAAGAAGUGUUGUUUAGCAAAGGAAGGGUUUCAACGAUCACUUAAUUUUGUGGUUUUGCAAUCAUUACUGAGCUGUACUUGGAAAGUAGGUGCAGUUGGUGCCAGGGCAUUAAAAAAAAGUUUAUGAAGAAGCCAUGUAACACUGUUUGUUUAAGUAAUAGAAAUAAUAACAAUGUACAAAGCAUGGUAUAUAAGACAACAGCUGCACAAACAAGGUGCUGUGAUAAUGUAACAAUCUGAUUGUGAUAAUUUAAAAAAAAAAUGUAAUCAUCAUAAUGUUUUUUAUUUUAAUAAUUACCAUAGAAAUAAUUUUACCAUCCACUAGAAAACAGAGGGAAGAACCAAACUGCGGUGACUGCAAUGUGGCUAGUCAUGGCUAGCUAGUGUGAUAGUCAAAUAUUUCCUGUUUAGGUGGCAGUGUACACACAUAAGAAAAAUAUUCCUCUGAAGAAGAGUCUUGGACAGAUAUAUUAUUAGAUAUAUAGUUUCUACACAUUACUGUCCAAUAAUGUUUACAUGAAGUAAAUCUCAUGUUAGCAGAACCUCGACUUUUAACUUUGAUUUGAAUGAGCACACAUCAUUGUCUUCGUGAUGAUUCAGUCCCUUUGUUGACCAGGUGUUCCAGCUGAUACCAGUUUUACAAGAUGUUUUUCUUUUUUUGUCCACUCUCUGUCCCUACGUGGACAUAUUUAUGUUUUUGUUAUUUCUCUCCAGGGUUUGAUUAGUUUGGUGAUGGGGGACCAGGUUAGACUAGUUUUUGUUUGUGCUGUUGACAGUAUUCAUGAGUCAUGGACAGUACAUGUUUGUGUAACGAUGGGUUCCCUGACAAGGAGCAGGGCUCCCAAAACCUGUUUGUCUGAGGUAAUAUUUGGUUUAUUCAGUGUGUUGGGAGUGGUUUUAUGGAUUACUUGUGUUUCAGUGCUUAUUUUUUUGAUUUAGUGAGUCACUCAUGAAACAACCGAUAUAACCUAGCUACACACAGAGCUACACAAUAGUGGUACUAUAAGGCAGAUAAUAUGCUUUUUAAACAAAUGAGGCUGUAUAAGAUUCUUUUCAUUUUUAUGAAUCUGAUGAUUUCUUGAUUAAUCCAUUAUUCAUUCCGCCGGUAAAAUGUUAUGGAUAUUUUUAAAUGUCUUCCAAUAUUUCUUCUGUCACAGGUCUGGUUUCAGGGUAAACAGAGAAAACAC